AUGUUAUCAACUUUUGAUUCGUCUACAAAUCGACCAUCAAAUCGUAGUGUGAUUUUUCGUGGAUUUCUAAAUCAUAGUGAUGAUGAUGAUCCGACAAUUGAAACUGAUUUGUUGGUUAUAACAACCGAUAUUAGAACUAAAAAAGUUGAGCAAAUAUUAAAAAAUCCUGGCAAUGCGUAUAUUAUACAUCCUACAUUAAGAACAUCUCCAUCAUAUACUCAACUCGUAAAUUCUCAUUUGCUGCCAUCAACUUUCAACUGGGAACAAGAACGUAUUAAACAUUGGCAAAAACUUUCUUUUGAAAUUAAACAUUCAUUUGAUGCUGCUAUAUCCGAGAAACCACCAGGCGGUAAAAUUACGAUUGAUAAAGUUGUAGACGAUGAUGAAUUAAUAAUCGCAACUACCAAUACUGAAAAAAGUAAAUCAAAGGAGAAUAUCGAGAAGGUAACAGAUUCAAAAGUUCAUGAAAAUAUGUGCUUAAUAAUAUUGGAGGUUGAUGAAGUUGAUAGAUUGGAUUUAUCAGUUUGGCCCAAUAAAAGAACUAGAUGGCAUCUUGUCAAAGAUAGUGAUGACAAUGAGAUUAAAUGGCUUGAAGCUGCAAUUUAUCCUUAA